AUGUUCACCUACCAUUCUCUUACAUCUGAGCUAGCGAAAGCUGUUCAGGUACCGGUCAACGGUCCCCUGGUGGAGGUCCACCUAAGCGAUCCAUCAGAUCUUCCCAAGGGAGCCGUUGAUCGACCAACACCGCCGGCGUAUUGUGUGCUGAAUGAAAACUAUAGAUUAUCCGCCGAUAGAAUACGAAACCUUACCGUCUUCGAGGAUGAUUUGUGGAUAGUGACAGCUCCGAAAUGUGGUACAACGUGGACCCAGGAGAUGAUGUGGUUGCUUGACAACGAUCUCAACUAUCAGAAGGCAUCCGAAAUCAAUCUCAUCGACCGAUCAAUCUUCCUCGAAUUUUGCACACUAGUGCCCUCAUUCGAUCAAGAUACCAUUACGCUAGUCGAACAGAUGAGACGACCGCGACACAUCAAAAGCCAUCUACCGAUGGCACUGCUGCCCAAACAACUGUGGACGGUGCGACCCCGAAUCGUGUACUGUGCACGUAACCCGAAGGAUAUGGUAACCAGCUUCUACCAUCACUAUCGUCACAUGCACGGGUACAUGGGUACCAGGGAAACUUUUCUCGAUGCAAUACUCCAGGACGUUGUCAUGUUUCAACCCCAGAUACCACACACGUUAGAUUUUUGGUGCAUACGCGACGAACCGAACGUACUUUUCGUACACUUUGAAGAGAUGAAACGGAAUAUGGCGAAGGUGCUUGAAAGGGCUUGCGAAUUUCUCGGUAAAACAUACACACCAGAGCAGCUCAAACGCCUUGAAGAACAUCUGUCCUUCGAAGUCAUGAAGAAAAACGAUUCUGCCAAUAACUCCAUACUACUGAAAUUAAUGAAGUCUAUGUCGUCAACUGAGACAAAAGAUAGUUUCCAAUUUAUGAGAAAGGGACAAGUUGGAUCCCACCGUGAAGAGCUCUCCGGUGAAUAUAUACAAAAACUUAACGCCUACAUUGAACGCCACCUAAUGGGCAGUAGCUUUAUAUUUAUGGAGUAA